AUGCCCGUUCCCGACCUCUCCACCCUCCCGCCCGCAGAGCGCGCCACCCGGUCCGAGCUCUUCAAACCACUCAAGCUGGGCUCUAUGGUCGUACAGCACCGUAUAGCCCUCGCACCGCUCACGCGAAACAGAGGGAAGCCGAGCGAGAAGGUUGAGGGGACAUGGUACCCCUGGGAGAUCCAGAGCGAGUAUUAUUGCCAGAGAGCGACGGAGGGGGGUUUGCUCAUUAGUGAGGCGUUGCCUGUGUCACUGCAGGCUGUAGGAGCAUCGAUGACCAAUGUGCCCGGGAUAUGGACGGAGGAGCAGAUUGUAGGGUGGAAGAAAGUCGUCUCUGAGGUCAAGGCUACUGGGGCUGUCUUUGUCGCUCAGCUCUUCCACGGCGGCCGCUCAUGCAACCACUCGUCCCUCGUACGCGCCUGCUGCCCAUCCGCGACCCGGGUCGAGAACACCCUAGGCGGCGGCCCAGGAGACGUUCCCGUCGAAAUGACUGAGGCGGACAUCCAGCGGACGAUAGGGGACUUUGUGCAGGCUGCAAAGAACGCUAUGGAGUGCGGAUUUGACGGGGUUGAGAUACAUGGCGGGAACGGUUACUUGCCUGACCAGUUCCUCCACACCAACAUCAAUACCCGGACAGACAGAUACGGCGGCUCCGUUGAGAACAGGAACCGGUUCGUCCUGGAGCUGUGCGAUGCUGUAGCAGCCGCGAUCGGUCCUGAUCGCUUCGCCUUGCGACUGGCACCUUACGGGUUCUUCAACGAGACGAGGGGUCAGGAACGAAAAGUCCAAUGGACCAAGCUGUGUGAGGAGCUGGCUACUAGAAAGUAUGCCUACAUCCACUUCAUGGAAGCGCGAUACGACGAGGUCUUGUCGGAGAGUACCAAGCUCGCUGCCCUCGGUAAAGAAAUGACCUCGGACUUUUCAUCUGACGGCCUGCCUACCAUCGCACCAUUCCGGGCUGCCCUCGGUGGCGUAUCUGGAACACCUGUGAUCGUGGCUGGGGGAUACGAUACAGAGAACAUAUGGGAUGUGGUCGACUCCCGUAAAGCAGACCUGGUCGCUCUGGGUCGAUACUUCACCUCCAACCCAGACUUGGUGUACCGCAUCAAGCACGGAAAGCCGCUCGUCAAGUAUGUCCGACCCCGAUUCUACGCCUUCCCCGGGAAAGAGUAUCAAGAGGGGUAUACCGACUUUUCGAAGCAUGAGGACAACUUGACGAGCGAUGUGGAGAGGGCGAGAUGGGAGGAGCACGUCAAGCGGGGGAUCGUGGUCGCUAAGCCUGGAUGGCAGCUCUCGCAGGACGGAGUACAACUUGGCGAGAUCUACGUGUGA